GCCGUCAACCUGUGCGGGCGUGUGUUACGUAUCCGGUGUGCCAAGUUUGUCGGAUGUGAUAACGGAUUUGCUAGAGAUCAAUCAUGAGAAAGAUAACGAAGUACGUAAUCAUCAUGGCGUCGCUGAUGACUGUCGAGCUCACGGUAACGGAGAGCAAGAACGACACGAAACUCCUGAUCGACAGGCACCACUACCCUAUGCCGCUCUUCAUUAACGUGUGCGACAUCGUCGACAGACGGUCCAAAGUCCACUGCUACUGCGACAGUAACAAAGUCAAAAUGGCCACCCGAGCCGACUGCUGGAUUUUCGGAGGCGGCCUCACGGAAGACGAUCCGAUCUGGCCGAGCUUCACCUCCCAAUCCGAACUAGAGCACCUCAUGUUCAACGUUCGAACCGACGACGCGCUAUCCUUCAUACCGGCCAAAGCGAUCGUACGGUUGGACAAAUUAAAACAUCUGUCGAUACACUUCGGCACAAUAAAAAGGAUUAUUCCCUACGCGUUCACGAACUCGUCCACGAUAAAACAAAUCAUCCUGAAAUCGAAUAAGAUAACGAAUUUGGAGAAACACGCGUUCUCGCAAAUGAUGAUGCUAUCGAAUCUAAGCAUCGAGGAUAAUCAAAUAUCGGAGCUGAGACGUGAUGUUUUCUUCAAUCUCCCGAACCUACACGUGCUUAUACUAUCUAAUAAUAACCUAAGUUUGCUCCACGAAGGUUGCUUCAAACAUCUCAACAAUCUGAUCGAAUUGAAACUCGAUUACAAUUACAUAACUGUCGUGACAAAAGAGAUGCUGGAAGGAUUGGAGAAUCUAUCGAGAUUGAAUCUGAGAAAUAACAAAAUGGCGAUGAUCGGAAACUUAGCUUUCAGCGAAUUGUGGGGUUUGAAGGAGUUGCUCUUGGACAACAAUGCGAUAGAGUACAUAUCGGAUCGAGCGUUCGGUGGGCUCACGCAACUGAGAAAGUUAACGCUCUCCGGGAAUAAGCUGACGAAUUUUUAUGAGGACAUCCUCGAGGACACGAGAAGUCUGACCGUCCUGGAUCUGAGAGACAAUCUCCUAACGACGAUAUCGUACGAGACGAUCCGCCCCGUCGCUGACAAUGACAAGUCUCUCUCGUCGGUAGUGUACCUCGAAGGUAACCCACUCAGCUGUAAUUGCCGCUUGUCCUGGAUUUAUGUGCUACGAAACGAGACCCAAGACAAUACGAUGAAAAAAGCGCUCGAAAAAGUCUCGUGUGUCGCCGAAGCUACUAACGAGAGACACACCAGCGAACUCAAAGAGGACGAGGAAGAUAACCACAACGUUCUCUCCGACGAUACAUACGAAUAUUACGAUAAAACCGACGACUACAAUACAGAUAAGGAGAAACCCAAAGUAAAUAAAUCUAUAAAACUAACAGACAUUCCGCUAGAGUCGCUCCCUUGUCCGAAAGAAAUAAUGCAAUCGAUAGAGGAAACCUACGGCCACCCAGUUCAAAAUGAAAUAAGAUUAAAAGCGUUCUCCAAAGUUCGCCGACUCUCCCCAAUGGGAGUGUUGCUUCUGAUCAUGUUGGCUGUACUAUAAAAUGUUUUAAUCCUUUUAAUACAAACAUGUUUGUGAUAUUAGACGUUAAAUUUGCAUAUUAUCUAGUCGAUAUUAACGUUAUUUGUAAAUGUUAGCGGAUCGAACUUAAGUCUUCACAUAGUUUUAGAAAAAUGUAAGAAGUCAUCGAAAUUAUUUUGUAAAUAUAGU